AUGGUGUUUGAGAACUUCGUGGCUCGGGAGGUCUCUGAAAUGGUGCUGUCUGUGACGAAUAAGGACAAGAUUCCUCGGCUGGUGAAGGUGUGCAUGGAGAGCUGCCCUUAUUUCCAGCUGGCAAGCCCCAGGGGUGUGUACCACAUGGUGCCAGCAGGCGCCUCUGCCGCUGUGCACAUCCGCUUCAGCCCCGAGGAGAACAAGGAUUAUUCCCACCAGCUCAUCUGCAUGACUACCAGUGAAAGGAUCGUGGUGCCAAUUCGGGCCAUUGCUGCCCGAGCUGUCCUGGAUUUCCCUGAGCAGCUGGACUUCUCCAGGUGUCCAGUCAAGAGCAGCACCCAGAAGACUCUGCUGCUCCGCAACACUGGGAACCUGGAAGCUCGUUUCCAGCUGAGCACCCAGAGUCCUUUCUCCGUGGCUCCGGCCGCAGGAGCUCUGGGCGCUGGUGACACCGUGCAGGUGACAGUGGGAUUCCACGCGCUGACGGCCGGUGACCAUUGCGGGUGCCUGGCAGUGUGCUGCAGCACAGGUGAAGAAAGAAUCCACACACACCUCAAAGGAGAAGCUGUGGAUGUCAACAUUGGGUUGAGCACAAGUUCUGUGGAGAUGGACAAGACUUUGAUCACCAUGUCAAGCCACAGAACUGUGUUCAUUGAAAACAGGAGUAACAUCACAGCCCACUUCCAGUGGAAGGCUUUUCCUAGUGAGGAAGAAGAGGAUGAAGAGAAGAGGAGGCAGUGUUUGCUGCGGACACCCAAAGAGGUGUCAGAGGAAAAUAUCACAGAGGAGAAAAGCACAGAGGAGGUGAAGGGCUUUGGUGGAGGUGACACUGCCCUCCUGAGCAGCAUGGUCCAGGAGGAGAUGGCAAAGGUGCCAGAAGAGCCCAUGCUGUUCUCCAAUGAGGUUUUUUUCAUCGAGCCAAUGGUGAACCUGAUCAACCAAGGAGCUCUUGAUGCUCCCUUCAGCUGCAUCCCUUCAGCAACAAAGGUGGGCUUGGGCUUCAAGUUGGCACCUCAGGAGGGCAUCAUUGCAGCACGUGGGAGCCAGACUCUCCAGAUCUCCUUCAGUGCCACCGUGUUGGGGAGGUUUGAGGAAGAAUUCCGGUUCAGUGUGGCUGGAUCUCCUACGCCUGCCAUCCUGACCAUCAAGGGCAGCGUCACUGGACCGAGUUUGCACUUCGACCUCCCUGAGCUCGACUUCGGGGACAUCUCCUUUGGCUUUCCCUACACCCAGCGCUGCCGGCUCACUAACAGCUCCCCGGUGCCCGUGACGUUCCAGCUCCGCAUGUCGUUCGAUGGCACGCAGCCGGCUGUGGACAGCGUGGAUCAGAUCCGCUGCCACAGUGACCCAGCCUGGAGGAAGGGCGUUCACUUGUAUGUGGAGCCCCGGGAGUUUACCAUCACUCCCAGCCAAGGGACCAUCCUGCCCCAGGGACACCAGGACAUCCAGGUGACCCUGUGUUCCAACUCGGUGAUGGAGUUCUACAGGAAAAUGCUGGUUGAUCUGGAAGGUUUUGGCAAGGGAGUGGCAUCAUUGGUCAUCACAGCCAGAUGUCUUGUUCCUAAGCUGCAAGUGUCCCCCCACGUGCUGCAGUAUGAUGAGUGCCUCCUGAAGGUGCCAUAUGAGAAGAAGUUCCUGAUUAGUAAUCCCAGCCACCUGCCUGGCUGCUACGGGCUUAUUGAACAGAAACGCAAGGAGGACUCUGCUGUGCUCUACUCCAGCCCCAGGCCCUGUGGGAUUGUCCAGCCUCACAGCACUGCAGAGAUCCCAGUGCUGGUGGAAGUGCAGGCGCUGGGCACGCAUCGCACCAAUGUUCUCAUCGGCGUGUUCGGGGAUGAGAGAAACCCACUGGCUUCCAGUAUCCUGCCAGUGUCAGGUGUGCUGCAGCCAGGAGAGAGCCAGCAGGUCUCCUUGCCCUUCUCUGGCCACCUCAACAGCAUCUCCAGUGCCACGGCGCUGUGCCACGUGGAGGGAGACCCCAGCUCCGAGGUGCUGGUGCCCGGGGAGGCCUCACGUGUCAGCUGCUCCCCGAGCCCCCAGGAGAUCAACUGUGGCUCUGGGGCACCUCUCAGGGAGAGAAGGGAGCUGAAGCGGCUGUCUCCAAAGCUUGAGGAGGAGGCAAAAGCCUUGGAGGAGGAAGAGAGGCAGAAGGAGAAAGAGAAGCAGAAGAAAGAAAAGAAGGGUGUCUCUAAUGAGAUGCAUGUCUUUUGUUAUGAGUAUGAAGAAACAGCGUAG